GGGCGGAGCUGGACGGAUUCAGCCCAGGUGAUCCAUAAGAACGAGCUCGGGCAGCUCUCGCCUUUCAGUAGGUGUCUACGGCUCGACAAUGGCAACCAGCCGCUUUCUAGGAUGGGUCCUCAUCCUCUCUGUGUCAUCUGUCCUAUCAGGUUGUUUGACACUAAAUGGAGCGAAAGUCUACGAGGUGGUUCAGCCAAUCCGGCUGCAUAACCUUCAUAAGAGAGAUUUAGAGUCCAUCAGACCUGCAACGGUGAAAUAUGCCAUGACUCUGGGCGGAAAGCCCAUCGAAAUGCAUCUUGAGAGAACUGAUGACUUUUUAACCGAAGACUACACAGAAACGUAUUACGCCGACGACGGGACUCCAGUGAGAACCAAACCCCGUGAGUUGGAUUUCUGCUACUAUCAAGGGAAGAUCGUGAAUGACAGCAACUCGAUGGUUAGCGUGAGCACGUGUGAUGGUUUACGAGGUUAUUUCCAAACGGCAGAGCAGAGGUAUCUCAUUGAACCCUUGUCCGAGGACAUCAACGCCGAUCACGCGGUGCUGAAGUACGAACAAGUGGUCGAUACUCCAGUGGUGUGUGGUGUCACAAAUACCAGCUGGGAGACUGCCGAGAUUCCCCCUCACACCAGCAAGUUCAAAUCACGAGCUUCCGCGCCAACCAUGUUCCAGCAACAAAAGUACAAUGAACUCAUCAUUGUGGCAGAUAAGAGAAUGUACGAGAAGGCGGGAAGCGAUAUCACCAAAGUGAGAAAGAGGAUCUUCGAGAUCAUCAACUUUGUUAAUGCUGUGUAUAAAGAGCUGAACAUGUUUGUCGCUCUGAUCGGUCUGGAAGUGUGGACAGACACUGACAAGAUUGCAGUGACGGCACCGGCUGGCGCGACACUGGAUGCAUUUACCAAGUGGAGGAAUAAUCACCUCAUACAGCAGCAGAAGCAUGACAAUGCUCAUCUGAUCACUGGGAUUGACUUUGAAGGUUCAACAGUGGGACUGGCGUAUAUCGGCACUCUGUGUUCGGGUCAUUCAGCCGGCGUUAUCCAGGACCAUAAUUUACGUGCCAUAGCUGUCGGUGCCACCCUGGCGCAUGAAAUGGGACAUAACCUGGGGAUGAACCAUGACAGCAGCUCGUGUGUGUGCUCCGAGUCCACCUGCAUCAUGACUGCUGCGCUCAGCUACCAAAUCCCAAGGCACUUCAGUAGCUGCAGCAUCAACAGCUUUGAGCAGUACCUGGACUCACGGAGCCCUCAGUGUCUUCUUAACAAACCGCAACCCAAAGACCUGGUUCAGGCUGCAGUUUGUGGCAACGGCUUCCGAGAGAUUGGAGAGGAGUGUGACUGCGGACUUGUGGGGGAGUGCACAAACCCAUGCUGCAAUGCCAGCACUUGUACACUGACAAAGGGGUCCAUGUGUGCAGAAGGAGAGUGCUGUCAUAACUGUAAGAUCUCUGAUGCCACCCAGAUGUGUCGUGCCAAGCAUGAUGAGUGUGACCUCCCUGAAUAUUGCACAGGUGAUUCAGAUUCAUGCCCUGAGGAUGUCUUUGUUAUGAAUGGACUGGCAUGCAAGAAUGAUAAUGGCUACUGCUACAAUGGGCAGUGCCCUCGACGAGAAGACCAGUGCAUCAAAAUGUAUGGAUCAGGUGCUGUGGUAGGGCGUGAUUUCUGCUACAAACAGAACACAAGGGGACUAUACUAUGCAUACUGUACGCGGCCCAGCAAUGACCAAUACAUAGGGUGCCAAAAACAGGACAUCAUGUGUGGGAAGCUUUUCUGUUCACAAGGCAAUGCCAAUCCAAACUAUGGCCGGUUGGUCCAGUUCAGCGACUGCAAAGCUAUUUUCUACAGUGAUCGUGAUAAUGACUUUGGCCAAGUGGACACUGGAACAAAGUGUGGUGAUAAGAAGAUAUGUUAUCAGAACCAGUGUAUGAGCCUAGAAGUUGCCUACAACAUAGUCAACUGCUCAGCCAAGUGCUCAGGCCAUGGGGUUUGUAAUCACAAGCUAGAAUGCAGCUGUGAUCCUGGCUGGCAGCCACCCAGCUGUGAAACAGAAGUCGGCACUUCAGGUACACAUAACGGUAAUGUAGGCAAGUAUAUAGGGAUCGCAGUGGCAGUCUGUAUCCUGUUAGCGGCCAUUUUAAUUGGGCUGGGAUUAUACUUCCUGAAAUGUAAAAAGAGUCAUCCACGUCUAACUGGUGUUCAGAUCAAAGACUCCAUAAACAACACUUACCCAAACCAGGCAAGAGCGAACCUUCCUCAUCAGAUACCACCCACGGCAAUCCAUCCUAAAGGACCUCCUCCACCACCUCCAGUGAAAGGACGACCUCCACCACCUCCAGUGAAGCCAUCUCCCCAGCCCUUGGUCCUACAUUCAGACUUUAGAGUGGCACACAAGGCUCUUAGACCGGUUCCGCCUCCACCAAGGGCGUAAAAAAUAAAAAGAAGGACCCAACUUAGGAUGGCUACAUGGAACAAAUCCAGGACCGAGUUUUCACAAGAUCAUAAAAACCUGAAAAGAAUAGAUUGAGCACAAUGAUUGGCUAGUUCCUGGAGAUCUGCCUUUCGCCAGAAUUAUUUGGGGCAUCUCCUCCAGCUAAAUAAUGUCAGAAAAUGCUCCACUUCAUGGAUCAGGCUGUAUUGAUGCUAAACUUUCUAGUAGAGCAGAUCUCCAAGAGAACCUUUAGGUGCAGAACCAAGGUGCAAAAUGUCAGAUUUCAGGGACUUGUGGAUGGAUUUGUGCUUCCUGUGUUGGCCUCUAGAGGGUGCAAGACCCUGGUUCUACACCUAAAGGCCUGAAAAAUGGCGAGCCAAGUAAACGAGUUUUAACUGAUUUUGUUUCAGGAAUGUUUUGGAGCAAUUUCGCCACCGAUACAAAUCCCAAAUUCAGACCGGAUGAGGCAGUUUCGUCAAACGUCAUGUCAAGACCGAGGUCAAUCCACAAACAAUAGGCCUUAGUAUUCCUUCAGCAUUCAAUUAUCAGUAUUGAGUAGGUCAUAUCUGGUGAAUUUUCUUUGUUUUAAGAGACGUGUACACUAAUUAAUAGCGCAAGAGCUACCAGAAUCCCCUGCCAAUAACUACACCCAUAAACCAAAAGAUGCUGAAGAGCAGUUCAUCCUGUUUGCUCUCGAGUUCUCUUCAUUACUAAACCCAUUUUGUUCAUUGAAUUCUGCUGAAGUUUGAUGCACCUCCAUCAUGACUACUGAACCACUUGUUAAAAUGGAGUUGGACGAGGUUUUGACGUUGCAUGUCCAACGUGAAUUGCCAAUUAGUUUCUGAUACUGAACUCAGGGCAAACAAAACCACUUUUAACAGCACAAUAGAGUCCAUCCUUUUUUUUUUUUAAUUUUAUAAAAAAUUAUUUAUUUUCUAACUAGAGUGCCAGGAAUAUGAAUGUGAGUUGCUGUAGAUGUUUUAUGAUACUGUAUGUGUGCAAUAAAUGGAGCUGUAUUCAGAAUUUUUUAAAUUUUUUAGAUUUUAAUAAGAAAAAAACAUGGCAAACGUUUAUGUUGCUGUUUAAUGAUGUAAAUAAAAUGUGCAUUACAAGAAA